UGACUGCCAGGGACUACACGGGCGAAUGGCCGAACUAGGUAGGCACAACUGCUUCUCUCUGUAGAGCACAGAGAUUUGGAAGAGCUGGACAAUGGAGAGGCAGACUGCCAGAAGAAUGCGAAAGGGUCAAUAAUAGAGCUGGAAGAUCAAGUGUACUUGUAUUAGUCAGAAACGAGAGGCAAGGUACCUGGUAUAGCAGGAUGAGAGGCCCAUUGUCCGUGUUGUCGGUCCCUCCCGCGCACUCCAGCCACUGUAUGGAAACAACCCCUCUAUCCGUCCAUAGUUCGGAGAAGGCACCUGCAGAUGACGUCUCGCAAACGGAAACAGCGACUCAGACCAAUGCUUCCCUCACAUUCUGCGAAUUUGGCUUCAAUAAACCGACGUUUGUUCACAGACGCACCCGAAUCCGAUUAACCACAUCGGAAAUAAAUACUGCAAUACACAGUCUCCUUCAGCACGCGUACCACCUGUGCUCACGAGCUUGCCAGAUCGUCGGUUUUCAUCGAAACUGCCUGCACCAGCAACCACCACCACCACUGAAGAUGGCCCAGUCCGAUCUUGACCAGCUGCUCGACAUGGGCUUCGAGAAGGCCCGAGCUGAGCUCGCAGUCAAAAAGACAGGCAACCUGAACGGAGCUCUUGAGUGGCUUGAGGCGAACCAGGACAAGCCUCUCGCUGAGCUUACUGCCGCUGCCAGCACCGCCGCCAAAGACGACGAGGACGAUGACGCAGGGGAAGUACAGGCCAACAUCGAUGCUCUCGAGAGUGGCGCCACCGCAAAGUCGCUUGUUUGCAACGAGUGUGGCAAGCGCUUCAGAUCGCAGGAUACUGCCUCUUACCAUGCGACGAAGACGGACCAUACCGAUUUCUCGGAGUCAACGGAGGAGAUCGCUCCCUUGACGGACGACCAGAAGAAGGCCAAGCUCGCCGAGCUGCGCGAGCAACUUAAGGAGAAGAAGGCGAAACAGGCCGUUCUGGACAAGGAGGAGGCCAGGCGCAACGAGAAAAUUCGCAUGAAAGCGACCAAGGAAACCCAAGAAGCCAAGGAAGAGUUGCAGCGUAAGGAGCAGCUCAAAGAGGUAGCCAGGAAGCGCCAGGAGAAGCAGGACGAUCUAGAGGCGAAGCGCCGCAUUAAGGCUAAGAUUGAGGCCGAUAAGGAGGAGCGUCGCCGCAAGGCAGAGGAGACCAAGGCGGCAAGAGAAGGCAGAGCCCCUGAGUCUGGUCCCGUCGCCGCACCCUCCAUACCGAAGGCCACCGCAAACCAUAACGAGGCUCGCUUGAGGUUGCAGACGUCGGGUGGUAACAUCAUGAAGACUCUUCCCUCCGAGACUACCCUCUUCGAAGUGGCCCAGAUGCUCCAGUCCGAGAAUGGCUUGGAGGUUACGAGCUUCUCAACCACGUUCCCUAGGAAGACGUUUGAGGGUCACAUGGAUUUGAGUAAGACUUUGAAGGAGGCUGGCCUUACCCCUAGCGCCGUUCUCAUUGUCAAAUGAGUGUGUCGUUUGCAAAUAACGAGCAGGAAGUAAAGGGCUGCAUGGACUGGCGUUGGGAAUGUAGAAAUUAGAUGAAAAGAUGUGACAGUGGCAGUGCGUCAUGAGAAUCAAGAAUCGACAUGAGCUACAAAUCUGGCCCACGAGAUUGACAUUCGUGCCUAGCAAUGUCAUCUCUCAUG